AUGUCUGCUCGUUCGAUUCAUACAUUCUCCACUCAACGCUCAUUGUUGUCCUCUUCAGUCAGAGGCAUCAGAAGAGGCCAGAGAACAUGCUGUGGCACCAACUACCAGGUCGCUGGCAUCUCUGCUCACCACCACAACCACGGCCCAAUUGCCAGACCAACUGGAUCGGCCACCAGAAGCAUCACCACUCAGCUCUUUGCUCCAAUGGCCACCUCCACUCAGGCCAUCAGAACCUACGCCAGCAACAACAACGUCCCAGUUGCACCAACCCCAUCUUCCCUUCUCCGCACUCUCUGCGACACUGAGAUCAACGACUUCAAGACCUUGAUCCCCGAGAAUGAGGACAACCAAACCUUCUUGGAUGAGUCUGGAUUCGAGCUUUCAAAUAAUAACGAGUACGCCUUCUUGAAGAAGACUUCUGAGGAUGGCGCUCAGAUCACUGUUAGAUUCGACUUGAUCGAGCAGAUGCAAGAGCCAUACGACGAGGACUACGACCAGAACGAGCAGGAGGGCGAAGAGGGAGAGCAAAACGAGGAAGAGGAGGAGACCCCAGAGAAUGAGCAGGAGCACGAGGAGGAGCAAGAGGAGGGCGAGGAGGGAGAGGAAGGCGAGGAGGGCCAAGAGAACGCCCCACACGACCACCCAUUCGAGAUCUGCAUCACCCGCAAGGUCGAUGGCAAGGACGUCACCGUCACCUUUGGCUGUUUCGCCUCUGCCGACGGCAGCUACACCGUCUCUGGCUUCUUCUACGGAGGCUUCAACGACCCGGUCAACCCAGUCGACAUUGCUGGUACCUCGGCCGAGUUCCAAGACAACAUCCUCUUGUUCCUGCAAAAGUAUGGAGUCAGUGAGGGACUGUCCUUCUUUAUCCACGAUCACGUCCACGGCAAGAAGCUCAAGGAUUACGUCCAGUCAUUCGAGACUCUCAAGGGUUUCAUUGGCAACUAA